GAGCUCCUCAAACUCACAUUCUCGCCGAUCAAAAUGGAAUGCGGCGGCGGUGUCCACAUCAUCUCCAGCCGCAUGGUCAAGCCGGAGUAUCAAAACAGCUCACUGUCGCCGGAGCCUCAGACCGUCCACCUGACCCCAUGGGACCUGCGGCGGAUCACCGUCGGCUACAGCCAGGAAGGAGUCCUCUUGCCCAAGCCUCCGGCCAGCGCUAUCCAACACCUCGCGUCGUCCUUCGCACGCGCCUUGGGCCUCUUCUACCCACUUGCCGGCCGCUUCGCCGUAGCGCCGGCGGCCAGUGCCGGCGCUCCGCAGGGUCUGACGAUCUCGCUCCGUUGCGGGCACGAAGGCGCCGAGUUCAUCCACGCCGUGGCGCCCGGGGUCCACGUGUCCGACAUCUCCGGCCCGCUCCGGGUCAUCCCGCGCGUUGUCUCCUCUUUCUUCCCUCUCAACGGGAUGCUCAGCACGGACGCGGCCGUUGACCCCAACCGGCCGCUCCUGGCCGUCCAGGUCACUGAGCUCACCGACGGCGUCUUCGUCGCCAUGUCGCUCAGCCACGCAGCCGCGGACGGCACCACAAUGUGGGACCUCUUCAACACAUGGUCAGAGAUCAGCCGAACCGGUGAUGGCAACGUAUUCACAGCGGCGCCAUUGCCUCCAUUCGAGAGGUGGUUCCACGACGGCUGCCCCGUGCCGAUCCCUCUGCCCUUUGCCAAGGUGCAGGACAUGGCGAGGAGGUUCGAGUGCCCGCCGGUGCAGGAAUGCUCCAUCCAUUUCUCCCCGGAGAGCAUACAGAAGCUCAAGGCUAAAGCGAAUGCCGAGAUGGCCGCCGGCACGGCCACGUCCACCAUCUCCUCGUUGCAGGCCCUGCUGGCACACCUAUGGCGAGCGGUGUGUCGAGCCCGGGGGCUGGCGCCGGACCGGGAGACGAGGCUCGUCCUCCCCGUCGGAUGCAGGACACGGGUGAAGGGCAUUCCACAGGGUUAUGUGGGCAACGCGAUUGCAGGAGCGGUUGCUACGCAGCCAGUCGGCGAGAUCCUAGGGGACGGCCGGCUGGGCUGGACGGCUUGGCUACUGAACCGUGCUGUGGCUUCGGUCGACGAGGCGACGGUGAUGGAGGAGCUCGUGUCUUGGUCUAAAAACUCGAGCUUAAGAUACGCGCCUGACUUACGUGGGGAUCCUGCCAUUGUGGUAGUGAGCGGCUCGCCGCGGUUUGAUGUGUAUGGCAAUGACUUUGGCUGGGGCAGGCCGCUGGGCGUCCGGACCGGCCCGGGGAACAAGCUGGACGGGUUGAUCACGGUUUUUGAGGACGGCGGAGGGGCCGGGGGCAUGGAACUGGAGGUGUGUCUUGCUCCUCAUGUUCUCGCCAAGCUCGUCGCCGACCAAGAGUUGAAGAACCUCUAGAAGGGCAGAGAUGGUCCUCUCCUGAAUCCUGAUGCCCUCACCGACGGAGAGUCUGGUUCCGGUGCUUCAUUUUCUUCCUUCA